AUCCCACCCACCGACAGAAGUUUGCAGGCCCCGGCUAAACUUCCAGCUCACUUCUCUGCCGACGACUGCUCCUUUCCACGUAGGUCCCAUUUUCCAGAAUGCUGUGGCGUUUUGUAGUAGCGAUUUUAGGCGUUUGCAUCCCAUAUUGCCUUUCGGACGUGCAGCUCAGUAGUAAUGUUAUUCUGGAACCUUAUGAUCUGCUGUUCGACACCGCGGUGGAAGCCUACUACAAGGGGGACUGGAUGACGGUCAUUCUGAACAUGGAGAGAGCGCUUCGGAACAAGGCUGCGAUUCGCAGGGUGAAGGCGCAUUGCCGGAUAACUUGUGCCAACCAGAGCGCUUUCGGGGAGCCUUUAUCCAGCAUGGUUGUGCCAGUACCAGGCGCUGGCUCCGUGGAAGAUCUGGGCUUUUUCCAAAAAAUUAUGAAAAGGGCUGAUUGUGUAAAUACCUGCGAAAGUGAGAAAAUUGGACCACCAACUAUCCAUAAAGUCACUGAAGAUGUGGACCUUGAGUUUAAGAAAAGAACCCCCUACAAUUACCUGCAAGUCGCGUACUUCAAGAUCAACAAGCUGGAUAAGGCUGUGGCUGCGGCAAACACCUUUUUCCUGGCCAACCCAGACCACAUGGAGAUGAAGCAGAACCUGGACUAUUACAGGAUGAUGGCAGGAGUACAGCAGGAGGACUUCAAAGACCUGGAGGCCCGGCCGCACAUGGCCGAGUUCCUUGCAGGGAAGCGGUACUACAGCUCAGACUCGUUCGGUCUGGCCAUCGACCACUUUGAGGCGGCAGUGGAGGAGUACUUCAGCGCGGACCAGGAGUGCCGGGCGCUCUGUGAAGGAGCUUACGUCUACGACGGAUACAACUACAUGGAGUACAGUGCCGACUUGUUCCAGUCCAUGACAGACCACUACAUGCAGAUUCUGAACUGUAAGCAGAAAUGUUCUGUGGAGCUAGCCUCCACCGCGGGAAAGGACAAGCCCUUUGAGGAUUUCCUCCCUUCCCACUUCAACUACCUACAGUUCUCUUACUACAACAGUGAGAAGUAUGAGCAGGCCAUAGAGUGGGCUAAAACCUACCUGCUGUUCCAUCCAGAGGAGGAGGUGAUGAAUCAGAACCUGGCUUACUACUCCGCUGUGCUGGGGGAGGACAAGGCUGCAGCCAUAUCCGCUAGACUGGUGGUGAAACAGCAUAUUCAGCAGUCCCUGUUGGAAAAGGAGCUACUCUACUUUGCUUAUGAAGUGUUUGGAAUCACCUUUGUUGAUCCGGAUUCCUGGACCCCUGCAGACGUCAUGCCCCUCAAACUGAGAGAGAAGCAGAAGGCAGAAAGGGAGACUGCGGCGAGGAUCACUGAGGAGAUUGGGAAUCUGAUGAAGGAGAUUGAAACUCUGGUGGAGGAGAAGAACAAGGAGUCGACUGACAUUGCCAAGAUCGUACGAGAAGGUGGUCCUCUGUUGUUUGAUGACAUCAAGAUUACUAUGUCGUCAAAGCAGCUGAAUGGGUCUCAGAGGGUUCUACUGGAUGGAUUUAUCUCGAAUGACGAGUGCAGAGAGCUCACCCGCCUCUCUAAUGCGGCUGCGCUGAAUGGUGAUGGGUAUCAAGGCCACCCCUCCCCCCACUCACCCAGCGAGAGCUUCCAAGAAGUCACUGUCCUCAAGGCUAUUAAGUUGGGACAGGAGGGCACUGUGCCCCUGAAGAGUGCCCGCCUGUUUUUUGACAUGAGUGAGAAGGUGCGUGGGGUCCUGGAGUCGUACUUCCGUCUGGACUCUCCUCUCUACUUCUCCUACUCCCACCUGGUCUGCCGCUCCGCCAUGGACGAGAAGCAGGAUGACCGUGACAACCUGAGUCACCCGGUUCAUGCAGACAACUGCCUGCUGGUCUCUGAGCUCAACGAGUGCAUUAAAGAACCACCUGCAUACACAAACAGGGACUAUAGCGCAAUCCUCUAUCUGAAUGAUGACUUUGAAGGAGGAGAUUUCAUUUUCACUGAACUGGAUGCCAAAACGGUCACAGCGGAGGUGCGUCCUCAGUGUGGUCGUGUGGUUGGGUUCGGUGCUGGGAAUGAGAACCCUCACGGGGUAAGAGCGGUCACUAAGGGCCAGAGGUGUGCUGUGGCCCUGUGGUUCACCCUUGACCCCAAACAUGAGGAGAAGGACCGGAUCCAAGCUCAAGAGAUGCUGAAGAUGUUCUCCUCUCCUACGGACACAGAGUUCACAAAGACAAAGGCAGAAAGCUCACAACCACAGCUUACACCUCUUGACCAGUCUGCGCUUCUUGGUCAAGCUGCAACCCUAGUCCAGGAGCAGGCAUACCAACCAGAUGACAAACCAGCAGAGAAGAAGCCUGAGGAACCAGCAGAGAAGAAGCCUGAGGAACCAGCAGAGACGAAGCCUGAGGAACCAGCAGAGAAGAAGCCUGAGGAACCAGCAGAGAAGAAGCCUGAGGAACCAGCAGAGAAGAAGCCUGAGGAACCAGCAGAGAAGAAGCCUGGGGAACCAGCAGAGAAGAAGCCUGAGGAACCAGCAGAGAAGAAGCCUGAGGAACCAGCAGAGAAGAAGCCUGAGGAACCAGCAGAGAAGAACCCUGAGGAACCAGCAGAGAAGAAGCCUGAGGAACCAGCAGAGAAGAACCCUGAGGAACCAGCAGAGAAGAAGCCUGAUGAACCAGCAGAGAAGAACCCUGAGGAACCAGCAGAAACAGUUAGUGAAAAGCCAUCUGAUUAUCCAGAGGAUAAAAAGAAUGAGAAGCACGUAGAAAAACUCAUUGCAAAAAAGGGUAACAAAGCUAAGGUGAAAGAGCUGGUCAAAACUAAAGCCAAAGCAGCGGAUGCAUCAAAGAACAAAAAAGCGACGACUAAAACAGCGGCUAAAGCAGGGGACAAAGCCAACGCUAAGACAGCAGACAAGGCUAAAGCAGGGGACAAAGCCAACGCUAAGACAGCAGACAAGGCUAAAGCAGGGGACAAAGCCAACGCUAAGACAGCAGACAAGGCUAAAGCAAAACCUGCUGCAAAAACAAAUGUCCAACAGGCAGCAGACAAUAAAGAGCAGAAGCCAGCGACAGAAAAGACAGAGAAAAUCCCUGUCAAAAAGGUUUCCAAGGACUCCAAAACUGACCUCAAGUCAUCCUCGGACUCACAGACAGACAAGGACGAGCUGUGAGACCAACAGCACCUGUGACUCUUAUUCUGUGGUGUCUUUUUUUCUACUGUUUGAAUAUAUUUGUCAAGGUUGUUUCUGUGGAUGUGCUGGAUAAAGAUCUGAGGUCGUUUGCUGUAUUGUUUUGGAUGUUGUUUGUCUGCCCAAUAAUGGUGGUAAGGAACAAGGAUAUGGUGUUGUAAUGUAAGCCAUACCGUAAUACCAAGGGACUGCAAACUCACUCUGAUGGCUGAUGUCAACCAACCAAUCAAUCAAAUCAAUCAAUCAAAUUAGAUUUCUAUAGUGCUUCUUCACAAAUACAUUUGUCACAAAGUGAUAAAUUGUAACCACCUUUGAAUACCUAUCCCAGACUCAUGUGAACAGAUAAUUUUAUAUAUAUAUAUAUAUAUAUAUAUAUAUAUAUAAUAUUACUUUUGUUUAUGAUUUUGGAUUCUCAGUCGGCUAUUUUGUACUGUUUUAAAAUAUACUGUUCUUUGCCUCAGGAAUUGGAAGAUGUAAUGUCCUCAAAAAAACAAAAAACAGGAAAGAACAACAAUGAACAAAUGUGUCUGAAUAGAGACUGAUACCUGAUUCAUGUGGAUACGCUAAAUAAAAGUACAGUUCUAA